ACUGUAAACAAAUACAGCACAAUACAUUCUGUGUGGUUGUUCUCUAUCUACCUUAACUUCCUUAUAUUCAUUCCCACCAUUUUCCGCUAAAGUAUGAGUGACCAUAUGAACUUGGAAGGCAUGAACAUUCAGGAACUGGUGUUGGUGUUGCGAACAACAUUUCUGACAGAACAGUUUGAUAGAAUUGAAGAGGUUUUAGUGAGUAGAUAUAAGAGACUAGAAAAUGAGAUUAUAGAUCUUCAAGAGAAGGUUGAAAUGGAGAAAAAAACGAGGUUUCAAGCCGAGGAAGAUUUGAGAAAAAGAGAGGAACUGUGUGAAAAAGGGAAAAGAGCACAAAAUAAUUAUGAAAAGUUAUUGAAGGAAGUUAAGAAAACAAACUUAGCUGAAAAAGACACCAUUGGAGAGCUAAGAAAGAAGAACAAUGAAUUGGAGUUAGAAGUUUGUGAACUGAGAAAGUUGAAGGAGAAAUGGGUGAAUGAUAGCAAAAAUGCAUAUGGGGUGAGAAAAAGUGAGUUAUUGGAGAAAUCAAUGAAGAAGAAUAUUGAGGCUCUUGGUAUUCCUUUGAUUACUAACUUUGAAAUCAGAGAUGAAGAGAGUGAAUAUGAGAUUGACAAUGACACUAUGGAGCCUAAUACUUUGCAAACAAAUGAACCACCCAACAAAAGGAGCAAGAAUGCUCAAGGUGCAUCAUCAGUUAUGACACAAACUAGAGGAGCUACAAUUGAUUCCCAUUCUAGACAUGGACAUCCGAUUGCAAGUAGGGAGUUUGCAGCUAGACAUGUACCUAUAGUAGAGGAACGACGAGAGAAUGACAAUAUUCAUAUGUCAGAGGAGGUCAUUGUGACGGACAAUGUUGUUGUCCCUCUAUCAUAUGUGCAGGAACAAAUGGCAACACAAUACACAGCAAAGAGAAAAAAGGUUGCCACCAACCCAUCAUUUAGCAACUUUGACAACUUCCACUUCACAUCAUCGGUUCAUCAAGAGCGCUAUUCUGAGUUUCUGGCCAACAAAAAGUUUGUGGAAGAAAAAAAUUUCCGGUUGGAAGGGAACAAAUUCUUAGAUAUCCAAGUAAUGAUAGUGUCCAGAGGAUGGGUGGAAUUGACAUCGUUUGCAAAAGAUGCUAGUACGACAUUAGCUAAAGAGUUCUUUGCAAAUGCAUAUCAGGGCCCUGCUAAGAAUGAGCGAAUGAAAUUCACUAGUUUUAUCAGAGGGAAGAAUGUUCCAUUUCAUGAUAAUAUUAUCAAUGAAUUGUUUGGGCUUGAGAACUAUGAGCAGUGUUCCUUUGAAGCAAGAAAGGCCAAGGGUUCUAACAUUGAUCAUCAGGAGAUUCGUAGUACUCUGUGUAGGCCCGAGGCCGAUUGGGUUAGGAACAAAGACGGAACACCGACAAAACUUCGCACUUCUGACCUCACACCCCUUGCUAAAGUAUGGGCAAUGUUUGUUUUGCGUACCUUGCUCCCGUGUUCAAAUGUGUCAGACUUGACCAUUCUAAAAGCAAACUUGCUGACAGCAAUCCUUAAGGGUGAACCAGUCAAUGUUGGUCGUCUCCUAGCAGAUGACCUUUGGGUCACAGCCAAUUGUUCUUCUCCAUCGAGUUACAUCAACCAUGCAUCAUUGAUACGCAAGCUUUGUGAAAGGGUGAAGGUGUACCCUAAAAAGAAGGAGGAAAUGGUGAAGCCAUCUGGGGCGAUCACUGCAAAAUGGAUAGAAACCCAUUGUAGCUUGUAAAAUAGUAUAGCAUCUACACGGGUAGCGCAACUUUGGUUACAAUAUUUGAGGUAUAAUUAUAGAAUAAUCAAGCUGUUAUAAACAUAUAAAUAAGUGAAAUUUUUGGAGAUUUAUAAUUGAUUGGAUGCACGUGAAUCUAAAUAAUACUGAACGAGGGAUUGUACUCACGAUGGAGUAAAAAAAAAAGGUCUAAUUGCAGAUGACUCUUCGCAGCGUAUACAUCCUGAAUAGAGUUGAAUCUUGUAUUUUACCGAGGGCUAUUUUGGUUCCUCUACCUGUGUACCUACUACUGAUAUCAAUUGUUUGGGCUAUUUUGCUGCAACAUGGUUCUGCGUCGAAUUUGCUUUCUUUUCUUAUAGUCAAGUCAUUUGGCUCAAA